GGGACUUUUUUUGAACUCUGUCGCUUUUUGGGUUGCCUGCCCGGAACUAACUCCGUGAGGACUUGCGCCUUGGGAAGGCUGCUUGCUGCCGGGCGUUGGAGGGAGGGGAAGAAAGCGCACGAGAGAGAGAGAGAGAGCAGCCUUUCGCCCGCGAGAGAAGUUCAUGCUUUUGUUUUGAUCUGUGGGUUUCCUUUUCUGAUUCUGAGGCACCCAAGUCUGAGCGAGCCCAGCCGCCAAGAUGAGCAUCAACGGAUCCCACCCCAGGAUCAACACGGUGGGGAGGAUGGUCAGAACCGACUCCGGGCCGGAUAUGCGCUAUGAUAUUAACAACCAUGCGAUGCUGAGCGGCGGCGGCGGUGGUGGAGGAGGAGGAGGAGGGGGAAGCAGCCAUACUCACACCCAUAAGAUGUAUUACAUCCAAAAAAACUACGGAGACAUGAGCUCGGAAGGAUACACCCACAAUGGAACCGGCACAAUGUCCAGGCGUCAAAACACCAUUCAAGAUCUUUUGCAAAAUUGCUCCGAUUGCCUCAUGCGUGCCGAACUCAUAGUGCAGCCUGAGCUGAAGUAUGGGGAUGGUAUCCAGAUUAGCAGGAACCGAGAGCUGGAGGAUUGCUUUGCUCAGGCAAAUGAGCACAUGGACAUCCUCGAUGGGCUGAUCAGAGAGAUGAGGCAAAUGGGGCAGCCCUGUGAGCUGUACCAGAAAAGAUUGCUUCAGCUUCAAGAGCAGAUGCGCGCCCUCUACAAAGCGAUCAGUGUACCUCGUGCCCGUAGGGCUAGCUCCAAAGGUGGUGCGUUUACCUCCCAGAGUGGAUCGGGAUGGGACGAAUACACCAGGCGUUGCACCACAGAAUGUCUGAACUGGAUGAGGCAGCAGAAGUCUGAAAUGGAGUUAGUAAAAUGGGGGUUUGAUGCGGCAGCUAUUGAGCAACAAAUUGCCGACCACAGGAGAUUCCAUAAUUCCAUUGGAGACUAUCGCUGGCACUUGGACAAAGUCAAAACCGACCUGCGUGAAAAGGCUGCUGUUCAUCAGCUGGAGGAGGAAUAUGAAUAUCUUCUGAGAUUCUCCUUUGAAAGAAUGGAUCAGUUGCGCCAGCUGCAAAACAUCAUCCAGGCCACUAGCAGGGAAAUCAUGUGGAUCAAUGACUGUGAGGAGGAGGAGCUUCUCUACGACUGGAGUGACAGGAACACCGAUAUUGCCCGGAAACAGGAGGUCUUCUCUAAACGCAUGAGCCAGCUGGAAGUUAAGGAAAAAGAACUCAACAAGCUGAAGCAAGAAUGUGACCAACUGGUGGUCAACCAGCAUCCUGCCUCAGACAAAAUUGAGGCCUACAUGGAUACACUGCAAACUCAGUGGAGCUGGAUUCUCCAGAUCACCAAGUGCAUUGAUGUUCAUCUCAAGGAGAAUGCAGCAUACUUUCAGUUCUUUGAGGAAGCCCAGUCAACUGAGAGCUAUUUGAAGAAUCUACAGGAUUCCAUCAGAAAGAAGUUCAUCUGUGAUAAGAAUAUGUCCUUGCAAGUUCUGUUGGAGCAGAUCAAAGAGUUGGAGAGCGAGCGAGAGAAAAUUCUGGAAUACAAGAGACAAGUGCAAAAUUUGGUGAAUAAGUCUAAGAAGAUUGUCCAGCUAAAGCCACGGAACCCUGAUUACAAGAGCAGUAAGCCAAUCAUUCUCAAGGCCCUGUGUGACUACAAACAAGAUCUGAAAACCAUGCGCAAAGGAGACGAGUGCAUUCUAAAAGACAACAGCGAACGUAGCAAGUGGCAUGUGACUGGGCCAGGAGGAGUCGAUAUGCUGGUGCCAUCUGUCAGUCUCAUUAUCCCUCCCCCUAAUCCAUUAGCUGUGGAUCUGGCAACCAAGAUUGAGCAAUACUAUGAGGCCAUUAUGGCUCUCUGGAAUCAACUCUACAUCAACAUGAAAAGCCUGGUGUCUUGGCAUUACUGCCUGAUUGACAUUGAGAAGAUAAAGGCUCUGACAAUUGCUAAGCUGAAGACCAUGCGCAGAGAAGAUUACCAGAGAGUAAUAGCUGACCUGGAGAUUCAUUACCAAGAAUUCAUCAGGAACAGCCAGGGCUCGGAGAUGUUCGCAGAUGAGGAUAAGAGGAAAAUCCAGACUCAGUUCUCCGACGCUCAGAAGCACUACCAAACAUUGGUCAUCCAGCUGCCAGGACAACAACAGCAGCGUCCGCAGCAACCAAAUCAAGUUGUGACAACUGAAGUCACUCACCUGGGCUCAUCCAACCAAGUCCAGAAUCAGAAGCAGGAGCUAGAGAAGCAUGAAGCCUGGAUGCUUAUGGAACUCCAGAAGCUUCGUCGCCAAAUCGAGAACUGUGAGCUCCGCAUGGCGCAGAGAACCAUCCUUCAGCCAGACCAAGGGGCCUCUCAGAAUUUGUCUGUCAGAAUCAACGAAUUAGAGGGUAUACAAAAUGAUUCUCAGACAAUAGCGGUUGCUCUCAAUGGGCAGAAAGAUUAUCUCCCCAGGUUUAGAGGCUCUGAAAAGUAUCUCUAUUUGCAGUCUGAAAUAAGUACCUUGUUUCAGAAACUGGAAAAUAUUAAUGGGGUCUCUGCUGGUUAUUUGGACAGCUUGAAUGCGCUGAGGUCCCUGCUCCAGGCAAUUCUCCAAACAGAAGAUGUGAUCCGAGUGUUUGAAGUCAGACUUACAGAAGAGGAUACUCUUUCUUUGGACCCAGAUAAAGUGGAAGCUUAUCGAGCCUGCCUGAAGAAAAUGAAAGGAGACCUUAGUAUGAAGAAGUCGCUGCUUAGUACCUUGGAGGCAGAGCUGCAGAGGGCUCACCAGGUCCACUCGCAGUCUUGCCAGUCGUAUCCUCUCCAAGAUUUAGAUCUUGGAAAGUUCACUGAAAAAGUUGGGCACCUCACAGACCGUUGGCAAAGGGUGGAUAAGCAGAUCGAUGACAGGACCUGGGAUUUAGAAAAACAGGCGAAGCAGCUGAGAACCUAUCGGGAUCUUUACCAGGCUCUGAAUAAAUGGAUCUGUGAUGCCAGGCGCCGGCAGGAAACUAUUGAAGCCAUGAAGUUGGGAGAUGUUAGCACUGUCAUGAGAUACCUGCAGGAGCAAAAGAACUUACAUGCUGAAAUCACAGGCAAGCGAGACAGAGUGGAAGAUGUGAUGAAGAAUGCAGAGGUGUGCUCAGCUGCAAUCAAGGAUUAUGAACUGCAGGCUACAGCUUAUUGCUCAGGACUGGAGACUUUGCUGAACUUUCCCAUUAAGCGCAGCAUGGUCCAAUCUCCUUCGGGGCUAAUUCUGAAAGAGGCUGCCGAGAUCCAGUCUCGUUACAUUGAACUACUUACAAAAUCAGGAGACUAUUACAAGUUUUUGAGUGAAAUGUUAAAGAGCUUGGAAGAUUUAAAGAUGAAAAGCACCAAAAUAGAACUACUGGAAGAAGAGCUGAGACUAGCCAGAGAUGCCAAUUCCGAUAACAGCAAUAAGCACAAAUUCCUGGAGCAAAACCUACAGAAGUACCAGUUGGAAAUUUCCCAGCUGAAGGCCAAACUGAUGGGUUUGGAAGAGAUGAAGAGGCAAGCAGAGCUGGAUGGUGGCUCUGCCAAGCAAAACUUGGACAAGUGUUACGCUCAAAUAAAAGAUCUGAAUGACAGAAUAACGAGGCUGACUUACGAGAUUGAAGACGAGAAGAGGAAAAGGAAGCUGUUGGAGGACAGAUAUGACCAGCAGAAGACUGACUUUGACCAACUGCAGAAGACAAGGCAGAAUGAGAAAGAAAGCCUUGGUUGGCAAAAGAUAGAAUCUGAGAAAGUCAUCAAGGAGAAGGAGUACGAGAUAGAAAGGUUAAGGGUGCUUCUCCAGGACGAGGGGGCUCGGAAGAGAGAGUAUGAGAAUGAGCUGGCUAAGGUAAGAAACCAGUAUAAUGAGGAGAUGAGUAAUAUAAAGAACAAGUAUGAAACAGAGAUUAACAUUAAGAAGACCACCAUCCACCAGAUAGCAUCCCAGAAAGAAGAUGAUGCCAAAAACCUCCGAGCCCAGAUCGACAAGCUGCAGAGAGAGAACAGAGAUCUGAAGGAUGAGAUCAUCAGGCUCAAUGACAGCAUUUUGGAUGCCACAGAGCAGCGGAGGAGAGCGGAAGAGAAUAUUCUUCAGCAGAAGGCCUGCGGCUCGGAGGUGGCUCAGCAGAAGCAACAGAUCGAGCUGGAGCUGAAACAGAUCAUUCAUCUGCGCAACGAAGACAACGCGAGGUACAAGCAAGCGCUUGAAGAUGCUGCUUUGACCAUCCAGGACAAAACCAAGGAGCUUGAAAGAGUAAAGAUUCAGCUGCAGGAAGAGGCUAAAAGCCGGUGGGAACUUGAGAAUGAAUUGGCUAAGGUAAGGAACAGUUAUGACGAGGAAAUUAUUAGUUUAAAGAACAAGUAUGAGACUGAGAUUAAUAUCACAAAGACCACAAUAAAUCAGGUGACUGUGCAGAAGGAAGAGGAAUCCAGCAAUUACCGAGCACAGCUCGACAAUGUCGUGAGAGAAAAUAGGAGCUUAUGUGAGGAAAUUAGGAGACUGAAGAACACUAUAAGUCAGACAUCAGAGAACCUUAGACAAGUGGAAGAAAAUGCUCACCAGCAAAAAGCCAUUGGCUCCGAGAUCUCGCAAAAGAAGCAGCAGCUUGAGAUUGAGUUAAAACAGACUGUUCAGAAAUACUCUGAGGAGACCAUGCGUUACAAGCAGUCUCUUGACGAUGCUGGGCGGACAAUUAAGGACAAAAACAAAGAGAUUGAAAAGCUGAGAAAGUUGCUAGAAGCAGAAACAAACCAGAGGAAAUCUAUGGAGGAGGAGAAUAUCCGAUUGCAAAGAGUCCAGUAUGAUUUGGAGAAAGUGAACAUCAAUGCCACGGAGACCAUCAGCAGGUUGAAAGUCCAAGAGCAGGAACUGGGACGGCUAAAAAGCGAAUAUGAGAGGCUUGCCCAGGACAAAAAAGGGAAAGAUCAAGAAAGUACAAGGCUGCAGGGCACAAUGAAAGAGCUGCAGCAGCAGAAACGCAAGCUGGAGGAGGAGCUUAGUAGGCAGGCUAGAGCCAUAGCGGAAGAAACUUCCAAGAGGAAGGAAGUGGAAGCAGAGUUAGAGACUAUGAGGAGGUCUUACAGAGAGCAAGCUGUCAAGAUCACAAACCUUACUCAGCAGAUAGAGGAGGUCUCGAUGGUCAAGAAAAGGAGUGAAGAUGACUUGAAGCACCAGAGAGAGGUGCUAGAUGGUCAGAUGAGGGAAAAGCAGAGAUACAUGGAGGAGAUAAGGAAGUACACUUCAGAGACCGAAACCUUGCGCCGCCAGGUGGUCCAGGAGCAAGAGAAUCUAAAACAAGCUCACAUGCGCAACGAGCACUUGCAAAAGGCUGUUGAGGACAAGAGCAAAAGCCUCAAUGAGUGCAAAAUAGAAAUCGAAAGGCUUCAGUCUCUUACCGAGAACCUUACAAAAGAACACUUGAUGUUAGAGGAAGAGCUGCGUAAUGUGAGAUUGGAGUAUGAUGAUCUAAGAAGGGGCAGAAGUGAAGUGGAUGAGGAAAAAAAUGCCACAAUUAUUGAACUUAAGAGUCAACUACAAACAAGCAGCAAGCAUACCCUGGAACUUCAGGGUCUGAUAAAUGGUUUACAGAAAGAAAGGGACAAUUUGAGACAGGAAAUUGAAAAAUUCCAAAAGCAGGCUAUGGAGACAUCCCAUAGGAUCCAAGAAUCCAAAACCCAGUAUACUCAUAUUAUGCAGGAACGAGAAGCGCUGCUGAUAAAAAUUAAUGCCUUGGAACAAGACAAAGCAAGGUUGCUGAGGUUGGAAGAAGAGCUGAAUCGGGCCAAAGGCACACUGGAGUCAGAAUCCCGCUUGAAAAUACGGCUGGAGAAUGAGAAGCAGCAAAUACUGAACGACUUAAAUCAGUGGAAGAGCCAAUAUUCCCGGAAGGAAGAGACAAUCAGGAAGAUUGAGUCCGAGCGAGAUAAGAGUGAGAGGGAGAAGAGUGCCCUGCUGAUAGAAAUUGAGAGGCUGCAGGCAGAGAUGAAGAGGAUCGAAGAAAGGUACCGCUGCCGCUUGGAAGAGACGAGCAGAAAAAGCCAGUCGGAGAUGGAGGCUGAGCGCCUGAGGCUGCAAAGGGAAAUUGAGAAGCUGAAGCAGCGCCCUUAUGUGGCCAACAGAGUCACCCAGACAGAAGAGGACUUUGCCAUCGACCCUUCCAAAUUACUCUUCAGCGGCCUGCGGAAAAAAAUAACUGCUGUCCAGCUGCACGAAUGCCAGCUGAUAGACAAGUCCACCCUGGAUAAGCUGCUGAGGGGGCAGAAGUCCGUGGAGGAAGUUGCUGCUGAUCUCGAACCCUAUCUCAGAGGAGCUGGGGCUAUAGCUGGGGCCUCUCUUAGCCCUAAGGACAAGUAUUCCCUGGUGGAGGCUAAACGGAAGCAGCUUCUCAGCCCAGAGAACACCGUCUUUCUUUUGGAAGCCCAGGCAGCCACCGGAGGUGUGAUUGACCCCCACCGCAACGAACUUCUCAGUGUGGACAGUGCAGUUGCUAGAGACCUGAUCGAUUUUGAUGACCGGGAGCAAAUCUACACCGCUGAAAAGGCUAUCACCGGAUUUAAAGAUCCCUUCUCAGGGAAAACAGUGCCUGUGGCACAAGCCAUCGGUAAACAGCUUAUCGACAGGGAGACUGGGAUACGUCUCCUUGAAGCUCAGUUGGCUGCGGGAGGAAUCGUUGACCCCAUCAACAGUGUGUUCUUGCCGAAAGACAUUGCUUUAGCUCGUGGGCUGAUUGAUCGAGACCUGGUCAGAUCCUUGAACCAACCUCAGAGUUUAAAUCACUUGAUUGACCCGAUCACCAAGAAGGCCAUAAGUUACACGAAGCUGAGGGCGAAAUGUAGAAUCGAACCACACACUGGUUUGCUCCUCCUUCCUGUGCAGAAGAGAAGCAUGUCAUUCCAAGGCAUCAGGAAGCCCAUUGACAUUUCUGAGUUAGUAGACUCUGGCAUCAUUCGGGAGUCGACGGCAAAUGAUCUGGAAAGUGGAGUAAUCACGGUUGAAGAAGUCAGUGACCGAAUCAAAGAUUUCCUCCAGGGCUCCAGCUGCAUAGCUGGCAUUUAUAACGAGGCCACCAGAGAGAAGCUUGGCAUUUACCAGGCCAUGAAAAUAGGUUUGGUUAGACCAGGGACAGCUCUUGAGCUUCUGGAAGCCCAGGCAGCCACUGGAUUUGUCGUGGACCCUGUGAGCAAUUCACGACACACUGUGGAAGAAGCUUACAAAAGAGGCCUAGUUGGAAUAGAAUUUAAAGAAAAACUCUUGUCUGCUGAAAGAGCAGUCACUGGGUACAAAGAUCCAGAAACAGGAAACAUCAUCUCCUUGUUCCAAGCAAUGAACAAGGAACUCAUCGAGAGAGGCCAUGGGAUUCGUUUGCUGGAGGCCCAGAUAGCCACUGGUGGGAUCAUCGACCCGAAGGAAAGUCAUCGGUUGCCAGUCGGCACGGCAUACCAACGUGGUUACUUUGACAAAGAGCUGAACAACAUUCUCUCCGAUCCCAGUGACGAUACCAAAGGCUUUUUUGACCCCAACACAGAAGAAAACCUGACCUACUUGCAGUUGAAAGAAAGGUGCAUAGUUGAUGAAGGAAGUGGGCUCUGUCUCCUGCCCCUGAGAGAGAAGAAGAAAGUGGUGCAGACUUCGCAAAAAAACACCCUCAGGAAGCGCAGGGUCGUCAUCGUAGAUCCAGACACAAACAAGGAAAUGUCCGUCCAGGAAGCGUACAACAAAGGCCUCAUAGAUUAUGAUACUUACCUGGAGCUUUCUGACCAGGAAUGCGAAUGGGAAGAAAUCACUAUAACAGGUUCAGAUGGGAGCACAAGAGUAGUGCUUGUUGACAGGAAAACGGGCCACCAGUAUGACAUCCAGGACACCAUUGACAAAGGCCUUGUGGACAAGAAAUUUUUUGACCAAUACCGUUCCGGGUCAUUAAGCCUCACUCAGUUUGCAGACAUGAUUGCUUGCAAGAAUGGCGGUGAUGAAGUUUUCAGACAUGAGUCCACUCGUUCCCCUACGGUACUGAGUAUCAAGAGUUCAUCUAUCAAGCUAAAGAGCAGUUCUGGCUCCGGCUCCGGCUCCUUUUCUGAGUCCCUCGAGGAAACGAGUCCAAUUGCAGCCAUAUUUGACACAGAAAAUUUGGAGAAGAUCUCCAUUUCAGAAGCCGUGCAACGGGGCAUUGUUGACAGCAUUACUGCCCAGCGUUUGCUCGAAGCCCAAGCUUGCACGGGAGGCAUAAUAUGCCCCGUCACAGGACAGCGGCUUUCCCUUCAGGAAGCGGUUGCCCAAGGCCUCGUUGACCACGAGAUGUCGACACGGCUGAAGCCAGCUCAUAAAGCCUUCGUAGGGUUUGAAGGCAUCAAGGGCCGAAACAGAAUGUCAGCCGCAGAGGCCGUGAAGGAAAAGUGGUUGCCUUACGAGGCUGGCCAGCGCUUCCUUGAGUUCCAGUUUAUCACAGGAGGUCUCAUUGACCCCGAAGUCCGCGGGAGAAUAAGUACUGAAGAAGCCAUUCGAAAAGGGUUGAUUGAUGGCCGGACGGCCCAGAGAUUACAAGACACCAGCAACUAUGGAAAGAUUUUGACCUGUCCCAAAACAAAGCUGAAAAUCUCCUUCAGAGAUGCAAUGAAUCGUUCGAUGGUGGAAGACAUAACCGGGCUCCGGUUACUGGAAGCUUCUUCAGUUUCAUCCAAAGGCAUCUCCAGCCCAUACAAUGUCUCUUCGGCACCAGGCUCACGCAGUGGAUCCCGCAGUGGAUCCCGCUCAGGCUCGCGCAGUGGAUCGAGGAGAGGAAGCUUUGAUGCAAACACGAAUGCCUCGUAUUCUUAUUCCUAUACAACCAUCAGCAGCAGCUCGCUUGGGCGCUAGUCAUUAGCUAGAUAGCCUGUCUGAAUUUUGCACGGGAAGCAUCUGCUGGGAUCUGUAUUCCUUCUUUGUUUUAACAAACAGAAAGAACUGGUUGUUGGUGAUAUUAGCACUUGCUUGGGUGAAAUAGUUAAGCUGCAGAAUAGAAGCCAAACCCCAAAUGCCAAUAAAAUAAAUCUUUCUGGAUGGGAUGCUGUGUUUCCAUAUAUAUAUGUAUAUGUAUAUAU